AUGGAGAUUCCGUGGGAAGCCCGUAUUCGUCGUGAUCCCAAGUUCAAUCCCCAAGACAACACCCAAGGUCUACUCCCGAUAGCAAGGUUCCUAUGGGAUUACUCAACUGCUGAGGGUGUCAAGGCUGGGUAUAAAGCUUUGGGGCAGUCACAAAAGGAGAAGUUGAGUGGGUUUAUAUCUUCUCUGCAGGGUUCUUCAUCAAAACCGACCUUGCCUGAAGAGGAGUUUGUUCACUCUCCACUUCAAGGCCCGAAAGGGAUCCGUCUCGUUCACGUUGAUGUCCAAAAUUCGACGCUACGAUGCACCCUCCGGACCUAUUCGGCCUCUGAGAUCCCAUCAUAUGUCUGUCUCUCGUACGUUUGGGCCGACUUCGGCCCAAUGAUGAAUCGAGGGCGCGACUUUCGCGAGACUGAACUCGAAGUGCCCAUGUUUAGUCACUCAGACAGCGCCGAUAUUAUCCUCAACGAUCGUCGUUUCUCUAUUGGGGCCAACUUGCACGCUGCCUUUCUUGGCCUCCGACAGUAUCUCGAUGGGAGACCUAUCUGGGUAGAUGCCAUGUGUAUCAACCAAACCGAUAGCAACGAAAAGGCUGCCCAAGUCGCUCGCAUGGGGGAGAUAUACAGUGCUGCGGAAAAGGUCUUCAUUUGGCUUGGUCGGAAACACACCCAGCGAGACACUGCCAUGAGGAUUCUUAAAGUGUGGCCUUCGUUCCCUCCCAACCCAGACAACGCCAACAUCGAGUUCCACGGAAAGAAAUUUAAAACCGCCAAGGCCUUCUUUGAUGCGACUUCAACUGGGUCCGAACUCAUAUCUUGGAUUGGCCUUCUCACAAUUGUCACUGAGAGUUGGUGGAGUCGGGUUUGGACGGUGCAAGAGUUUAUUCUCUCAAAGGAGUAUGCCUUCUUCUACAACGGAGCUGAAGUACCGACUGCGGAUUUCAAGAAGGCAAUGGACUGGACUUACUUUGUUGCAGUCAAUUGCUCUUCCAAGCUCAUUCCCUCUUGGGUCACUUUCCAACCAUCCAUCUUUGACCUCAAACAGCACGGGACAAGGCUGAGCUUUCUCGAUGUCGCCAUGCUUGGGGCAACGAGGAUGGCGGGUGACCCGCGGGACAAGGCCUGGGCUUUUCUGGGGAUCACGGACCCGGAAUCGAUUGGCCAACCUCCUCUCAAGCCUGAUUACGAUAACCGGAACAUGGGAGACUUUUACAUCGACCUUGCUCAACGUCUCCUGCGAAAUGAUGCUGGGCUACUUGUGCUCUCACUUGUCAACCACCCCCUUCCCCGUGAAUCAUACAAAUUCAAAUCCAAGAAGCCAAUUGGUAACCGUCUUCUCGACCAGUACAAGGCCAAGAAGCGCUUCCCCCAGCAAGAUCCAAAGUUUGCGUCCCCCAAAGAAGACGUCUUUGAUGAAGCGCUGCAACCGGACUGGGGUGGCAAAGGCGUGGGCUAUCCAAGCUGGGUUCCCAAGAUGGCGAGCGCUGUUGCUAUGGAACCUAUUUUCCUCAGGGAGAUGAGAGCUCAGAAGGCUCGCGGGAAGCCUCUUCAUGAUCCUGGUUGGAGGAUUUUCCACGCUGCGUCAAAGGUUCAGAGAGGGUUUUCUUUAUCUGCUGAUGGGAAAAGACUCUCAGUGGAAGCACAUUUGUUGGAUACGAUUAAAGCUGCGGUUGCACUGCCCAAGACUGAAGAGGAUGAGCCGGAUUUCUAUCAAGCCUUUCGGUCAUGGUACCCCAAGAAGAGUCGCCUAGCGGACAUCCCAUAUCAACACCAGCCUUCAGCCACUGUGCCAAGUGCACUAUGCCGCACUCUACUGAUGAACAUUUGGCUCACCUCUCAUCCUGCUCCAGAAGGUUGCGAAGCUCACUUUGCAAACUACCUGGUCCGCAUUUCAGGGUCCGCGUCAGGUGUCAAGCAUGACCUGCACUUGAAUAAGAAACCAGACCCAGAAGAAGGAGACAUAUUUCCUGCAGCCAUGAAUGACGUUGGGAUCGAUAGAGUUUUGUUUAUAACUGAGAAAGGAUACUUGGGUCUCGGCCCAGCAAGGAUGGGCGUUGGCGAUGUGGUGGGCCUGGUAGCAGGGGCUCAUGUACCCCUUGUGUUACGCCAAGGGCCUGGGGGAUGGAUCUUGGUCGGCGAAACUUACGUGGAAGGAGCCAUGGACGGUGAACUUGCUCAGAAACUGGUGUUCCAGAGUGUUGAGAUCGUGUAG